AUGCAGCCUCAGGACAUCCGCCUUCGGCUGGUGAUCCGUCGCCACGGACUCCCAGAGGUCAAGCUUGUGUGGCCGUGUUCCUGCUCGGAGGACUUCACCAUCGCAAAGCUUCUGGAGCAGGUCAACGAGGUUGUGCCCCUCGAGAGCGGCGAAUGGGGCCUUGAGGACUACGCCGUCGAGCUUGCGGACGGAAAGGGCGGCAGCUUCGAGUGUCUGCAUUUCCAACAAGUUGGCCGGAUUUUGAAGGAUGAAGACCAAGUCCUUAUCCGGUCUCUCCUAACCGGAGACCUCAAGCGACGUCGACUCAGCGGCCGACACCAAAUCUCGGAUGACGGGCGGCAUCUUGUUGAUGGCCUCGCUUUCGGGAGAUCGUGGAUUAGAGCUCCGCAUGAUCGCCCUCACGUCGAGCUGCCCCCUCGAAAACGCAUUCGGGUCAACUACGAAGACGACGACGAUGAAGAAGAAGAAGAGCAAGAACCGUUUCUCAUCGGCGCCCCUCGUUCGGCCCGAUACGAUAUGCCCAAGAAGGCUCAUUCCAAAAAUCCAUGGGACGGGUCGCUCGCCGCCGAGCUCUACGAACAAUAUCUCAAUGAGAGCUCAGCCUCAAGCUCCGUAUCCGAGACCCCCCGUUACGGAAAGGGCUAUGUCGUGAAUGAAUCGGAAGACGACGAGAUGGAAGAUGAUACCGACGUGGAGGAUUCUACCGACGAAGAAGACGAAGAUGAGGGCGAAGAUGAUGAUCUCGAAACAGAGCUGCAGCUUCUUAGGGAGGAAGCCGGCGCCGAUCUCAACAGCUACGCACAUGCACACUCUAACCUUUCUGAGGACGAAAUUGGGGAGACGGAUGCAAGAGGUUACUCUGGAGGAUUUAACCCAAACAUGAUGCUAGACUCCGCAAGCGAAGGUCCGGACACUCCAAGCCUGUACAGUGGAAUGUUCAGUACUUCUUUCACUCCGUCAACUGCGCAAGGAUAUGGUACUGUGCCCAUGGAAGUCCUCAUUACCGUCUUUCAGACAGCCUUCCCGGAGUUGUAUAGCGACAUCAGGACGACACUCAAGCGAACAAACAGGGACCUACGAAAAGCAUACAUGUCGCUCACCAUGCUGUGUGAACCUUCUCUUACUUUUGAACAAAUGAUGGACGGUGCCUCUCUUAUUCUCGCUCCCUUUACACGUCGCGGCGGCAGUGGUCACGUCUCCAAACCAACUGUGGAAGACGAACCGUCUCCAUCCCCCCUGGAGAUUGUCAACCGUGGGGUUAGAAAGCGGCUCAUAGAAGAGAUUGAAGAAGAUGUCGAAGGCGAUGGCUCCCCGGAGACUACUACAAAUGGUGUCCCAUUGUUCGAUUUACAAUUGAGCCGGAGCCAGCAUACAAACAGGAACGAGACUCCAGGAACCAACUCUGACGACUUGGAAUCAGCAGAGGACGAAGAUUCUUCAGAGGAAGAGAGCUCAUCGGAGUCUGAAAGCGACUCCAGUGAUGAUUCCCUAGAGAGUGGAUCAUCGAGCGAAGAAGAAGGCCACCAGAUGCGCGAUCUACCUGCAGCAAGCUUUCCCAAGGACGAUGGGUCAAGCGAUCCCGAAGAUGAAACAUCUGAUGACGAUAGCGACAGCAGCAUCGACGUUGACACUCAACACAACGCCCAACAUGCGGGGAAUGAUGGAGGGGAAAGUUCGUCGAGCUCUUCCGAUGCGAGCAGUAGUGAACCAAGCGAUUCAAGUUCAGCAGAUGAUUCAGACCCCACAUCCGAAUCUGAAUCCGAAUCUGAAUCGGAGUCAGGAUCUGAAUCUGAAUCUGAAUCCGAAGUGGAAGAAGUCUCAUCAAAGAAGCCAGUGCAGUUAGCAGUUGAACAGCCCACUGCCAAGACGGCACUUCCACUUCCCAGACAGACAUCUCACGUCGAGACGUCCCGGAUCCAGACUUCUGACAAGCCACCGGCCACCGGUCUCACACGUACGCAAAAACGGAAUGCGAGAAGGAAACGCAACAAAGCUUUGAAGGAACUGCAAGCCAAUCAACCCGAGUUGACAAACGGCACCGAGGGAGACGUCACGAGCGAAGAUUUCCUAGCACGGAAGAAAGCUCUCUUGGCUGCGAUCCUCGACGAGGCCCACGAGGGCGAUACAGCGAACAAUGAAGCCCAGAUGCGAGACGCUCCUCCAUCCGAUAAAGCGGGGGAGGCGACAAGUACUUCCGCGGAUGCAGACCAAGCCGCAACACCAGACCCCAAAGACACGCCAGCAAAGCGUCACAGCCGCAUUGACAUGGGCGCAGGCCGACGCCUUGUAUUCGGCGCACUGGGUUUGAAGCCUCCGUCCAACAAGGCAGACGAGCAAAAGAUCCGUGAUACCCUGAUGAAAGACGUUCGACCACUAGUUAAUCCACGAACUCUACCGAACAAUGGCGGUAAUGAACCUACGCCUAAUGCUGACCAGAACGAGGAAGAGGAUGAGAAUGCCUGGCGGGAAAAGAUCAACUACAGGGCUGUGGAAUGUUGCCACGAGGAUAUGAUUCUCAGCGAACCUCCCUUCCCCUUUGUGCAGCGCUGGGAUCCCCAGCAAAGACGCGACGCCAUCCGGAAACGCAAGCGCGCGUCGGAGACCUACGAAGCCGAUACUUCCUACGAUGACUCGACAUACUACUAUGAUGAGGAGCCCGAAGACGGCCACUCCGCCCCAGAGCCAAGGAAGAGGAGCAGAACCAGUAAGGGGAAGUCUGUGAACCUGCAGAGAGGCAGCCCAAAUCAGGAGGAAGAAGAUGUGAUACUCAAUUAUGAUGAUGCGCCUGCAAAGAGCAGCCAGUUCACGGAUGUGGAUGAUCUCCCGUCACUUCCCAAAGACGUAAAGUCACUACCCCCUCUGGCACCUGGGACUGCUCAGCCGGGCAUGGUCAUUACCUGGAAUCAGUUGGUCAUGUCCAAGGCCACAAACUGGCAACCGGAAAUGUUACCGAUGACGGGCCUAGUCGUCCCUGGAGGCGAAGAUGGCGAGGUCCACGUCAUUUUGGCAAGGCGAGACCGCGACGAUUACGAGAAAACGUACGACGAGGUGACUGGAGAGCGAGUGUAUGGCAAGUUCGAGGUGCCUGAUCUGGACGACGAGGAGCAGGAAGAAGAUACUGGGUUCAGGUCACUCAAAUGGUCGGAGAUGAUGGAUCCUCGCCUGUUGCAACAGGCGCCUGCCGAUGUGAUGGCUCAGACGGCCUUGGGCAAAACAGAGGUGAUUGCGGAGGAUGAGACGACGUUGUCGGGUCAAGACAAGUCGGGCCAGCGGCUGCCAAGGCUGGACGUGUCCAUGUCCGAGGUACAGAUUAGCACGGCCAGCAAUAGCUUCGAACAUGUCGGACAUGCGCAUAGCAAGCCAGACGCUCGAUCGGAACACGUGUUGACUGCCACGUCCAACCUUCAGAAAGCACACUCUCCAAAGUUGAACCAUUGGAUUGAGCGUGACGACGAACCAGCUGCUGACCAGGAGGCAGAACUAGGGCCCAGCCUAGCGGAUGCCAUGGCGGAGGAAAGUUCCAACACGCUUGCGUCGAAGAGGUCAGAGGAGGCAUCUGCUGCUGAGAUGGAAAGAGGGGACGAAGGAGAUGGAGGAGACGAAGGAGAACGAGAAUCGACUCAUGGCGAUAGUGGCUUGUCGAUGGCGAAACCCUCAGACACGGUUAUCACCUCAUCGCAUUUCAGCGUUCCUAGUGGGCGACAACCACAGACCAGCUAUUCCAUCCAAGCCGGUCUCCAAGACGAGACGAUUAUCCCCGAAACUUUACCGCGACCCCGCGAGACCACGCCGAUACAGAGUCGCUCGAGAUCACAGACGUCGCCAUCGAGCCAUGCAAGCAGCAGCCCCUUCCCAUCGCUGGAACAGAUAUUCAUGUCGGCUCAACCCACUCAAAGCUCUAGAGGGAAGAAAGAAUCGCCUUCGAUGUCAGCUAGCCAAUCUGGCCCUACGCGGGAUGCGGAAUACGAGGAAGCCAUGCGCAAGCUGGAUGAGGGACACGAGUCUGACGUUCCGCCCGAGAUCAAAGAGCAAGACGAAGAAGACUUGGUGGUAGAGAGAAAGCUAUUUCCAAACGCGACGCAACCCCCAUCCCGCAUCAAAGCUUUGGACCAGAGCGUCACUCUGCCGCAGCCUCCUCUUUCUCAAACCGAGAAGAGCAAGGAUGGCAAGCCGGCGUUUGCCAUUCCGGCCGGGAGCCAGGUCAUUGUUCUGAGCUCUAGCCCACCUUCUAGCAACGGGGUGCCGGAUGAAAGUCAUGAAGUAAUGGAGCCUGAAGAGACAAGAGUGGCGCCAGCGAGAGGCUCGUUGCCUACUGGCCCGGGCUGGGUCAGGAAGGGUAAUGGACACGAAAGGCACGUGUCGAGCACGAAGAAAGCCGAUGCCACAACGGCAUCUCCGAGAAGCGGGCGAAGGAGUCGUCGAGGAAAGGAACCCCUGUCGAUGGCGCCGCUUGUGAGCCCUGUGAGCAAGCACAAAGGCCGGCGUGGCGGCUCUUCUAUGUGGCAAUAA